CUCCAUUUCAGCUAAUCAUGGGAGAGAUUAAAGUCUCUCCUGAUUAUAACUGGUUUAGAAGUACAGUCCCCCUUAAAAAUAUUAUUGUGGAUGAUGACGACAGCAAGGUCUGGUCACUCUAUGAUGCAGGCCCCAGAAACAUCAGGUGUCCUCUCACAUUCCUCCCUCCUGUCAGCAGAACUGCAGAUGUAUUUUUCCGGCAGAUUUUGGCUUUGACUGGAUGGGGUUACCAAGUUAUAGCUUUGCAUCUCUUUAGGGCUUCUUCGGGAUGCUUUUUGGCCCAGAAGUUUGCUGAAUACACUCACAAAUCUCCCAGAGUCCAUUCCCUCAUCCUCUGCAAUUCCUUCAGUGACACUUCUAUCUUUAACCAAACAAGGACCACAAACAGCUUUUGGCUGAUGCCAUCAUUUAUGCUCAAAAAAAUAGUUUUAGGAAACUUUUCAUCUGGCCCAGUGGACGCUAUGAUGGCUGAUGCCAUUGAUUUCAUGGUGGACAGGCUGGAAAGUUUGGGUCAGAGUGAACUGGCUUCAAGACUUACCCUGAAUUGUCAAAAUUCCUAUGUGGAACCUCAUAAAAUUCGGGACAUCCCUCUAACCAUUAUGGAUGUGUUUCACCAGAGUGCACUUUCAACUGAAGCUAAAGAAGAAAUGUACAAACUGUAUCCUAAUGCCCGAAGGGAUCACCUUAAAACAGGAGGCAAUUUCCCAUACCUGUGCAGAAGUGCAGAGGUGAAUCUCCAUGUACAGAUUCAUUUGCUGCAAUUUCAUGGAACCAAAUAUGCAGCUAUUGACCCAUCGAUGGUCAGUGCCAAGGAACUCGAGGUGCAGAAAGGCAACAUUGGCAUCAGUCAGGAGGAGCAGUAG